AUGGCCACCACCACUACCACCACCCCAGCAUUCCCCUCACCAGCGGUGCCAUCCACCCAUCAUGAUACCGACAGGCUUAAUCCGCCCGAGGAGCGUAUGCAACAGGUCCUGCCCAGACUCUUCAUCGGCGACCUCACCGCUGCCCAGUCCCUCCAGGCCUUGAAGGACUCCCAAAUCAGAAACGUCGUCUCCGUCAUCAAACACUCGUACCCCCACCAUCCCGGCUUCAACCAUCUCUCCGUACCCCUCGACGACACCGAACGUACAAAUAUAUGCGAAUGGUUCGAUACCGUCGCUAGCUGGAUCCAAGCCCGUCUGGAUGACCCCAACGGAUAUGGCGUACUGAUCCACUGUGUUGCUGGCGUCAGUCGCAGCACCACCCUGUUGGCUGCGUACUUGAUGAAAGCCUACCGAUUAACCACCGAUGAAGCGGUUGGCUUCAUAGCAUCCAAGAGACCACAAGUCCAACCGAACGAUUUCUUCUUCCACCAGCUCGAAAUGUAUGAACGUUGCGACUGCGAAUGGAACCCUGUCAAAUAUCAGGAGCAGCGCCGGUUCCUCAUGAGCUUCGUGGCCGACGAAAUGAAAGACGGAGCUGGAGCCCAAAAACUGAUCCUGGCCUACUACCCCUCACCCGCCCCGUCGCCGGCCGAGGGCACGAGCCUAGCGAUGACGGCGCUGAAGACGAGUUCAGUGGAGACGAAGCUGAACACGCCGAGUCUGCUGACGGCCGCGAGUAUAGCGAGCCAGCCUAUGUCUAUGUCGCUUGCACAGCCUCCAGCGCGGCGGCGAUUGACGAAGAAGAGCGAAUCGAGCGCGAGUUCCGGCGGCUUGACGAAGGCGCGGGUCUCGGAGACGCAGCCGGUGGUCGAGAAGCUGGGGAAGGGUCAAGUGGUGAUCCAAGGGCGCAGACUGCGCUGCAAGAUGUGUCGACGCGAGCUUGCUGGGCGGGACCACAUCCUGUUCCACUCUCCCGGAAAGGGCCAGCAGGCCUUCGCGCCCCAACGGCAGGACAUGGCCCAGUUCCGGCUCGACCAGCUCUCUCCGGACCGCAAGCCGCCCGCCACCGACCCUCCUUCCCGUCCGCUGGCAGGCCUCAGUAGUCUGCGCAUCGCUGUCCCGCCCAACGGCCUCCGAAACCCGGCUGAGCCGGGGGCAACCGGCUCGGACGAAGAUUCCGGCACAUCCUCGCCGUCGCCCCCGACGUCGUCGGCCACCAGCCGCGAGUCCCCCGCCGCCCUCCACCUCAACCUCCAUUCUCCCCCCCUCUCCACUUCCACAGACUGCUCCCCCUACUUCGUUGAGCCCCUCAGUUGGAUGGGAAACACCCUCCAGGCUGGUCACUUGCAUGGCAAACUCCUCUGUCCGGGGUCCCACUGCGCCGCCAAACUCGGAUCGUUCGAUUGGGCGGGCUCGCAGUGCAGCUGCGGCGCUUGGAUCACACCCGCUUUCCAGAUUCUGCGGUCCAAAGUAGAUGAAAUAUAG